AUGGAUGGAUGGACGGAUGAGGCGGCAGCCUGGGCCCUUGGCGGCAUUUCCGCCGACGUUGAGCCAGUGUGGCGGCCGACUCCUGCUGUGUCUUGCCGACGAGCUCGAUCUCUCGGCAUCUCCCGGCAUCCCGCGCCUUCCCGCGCCUUCCCGCGCCACCUCGUCUCUCCCCACGUCGCCCCGCGCUGCCGAUUGCGGCUCCAGGUCAUGCUGGAUUCUACCUUGGAUGAAUUUGCUGGUUCCACACCAGCCAGCACCCCCUUCUCUCCUGUAGAACCUGAUCCGCACUCCUGGGCACACUCCCACUCUCCUGGUGGCGAGGAUGUCCCCUGGGAUUGUCAGCUGGCUGCUGUCGUGGUACCCAGGGGCCCCGUGAGCGGUGUCUUCAAGGAGAGUCUGGACCAUGAUGCUUGGAAGGUGGGAAUCCUGGGUGCUUUUCUGGAGCUGCCAGGCCAGAGACCCUUAGGUCCUGUGGUGAGGGAAGCUGGGUGUGCCCCGUGCACAGGUGGACGCUCUGUGAGAGGUGUGGUGUUCGUAUCAGCAGGACGACAGACCAUGGCAGCCGAGGUCUCAGCCUUAGAUCUGGAGAUUGUUGAAGGAAGUAGGCUAUGGAGUCGGUGACCCUGAGAAUGACUUGGAAUUUGGGUUUGGCUGAUAUUUCUCAUCCUGAUUCUUUUGGUGGUGUCUGUGGAUAGCAGAGAAUGGAGAGUGAGGUUACCACAGGAAGCAGCACUGUUGCUCCUUCUGCCAGCCUGCUCAGAGCAUCAUGGAACAACUGUCUACCCUGGGCAAGACAUGAGAGGGAAAGCGUGGAGACUGGGGGCUUGGGGUCCAGAUAUUGGAGGCUCUUCAGCUGGCUCUGGGUCUUGACAACAGUGCCGCAGGAGAGGCAUGGACAAGGACCGUGUCCCACUGCCCAUACCUGGAGUGCCUUUUUAAUAAGCAGGAGUUUUUCUCUUGAAUUUGUGCCCCUGUUAAUCACCGUCCUCUCCUCCCACCCAUCCAAUAAACCUAUUCAGUAAACCUUACAAA